AUGCCCAUUGACCAAGAAAAAUUAGCCAAGCUACAAAAGCUUUCUGCUGCCAACAAAGUUGGUGGUACCCGCAGAAAGUUCGCCAAGAAGACUGGUUCCUCUGCCGGUGGCAACAAAGAUGACACCAAAUUGCAGGCUCAACUUGCCAAGUUGCGCGCUGUGACCAUUGACCAAGUGGAAGAAGCAAACUUUUUCAAGGACGAUGGCAAGGUGCUGCACUUCAACAGAGUUGGCGUUCAAAACGCCCCCCAGCACAACACCUCUGUAUUCUACGGUAUUCCUCAAGAAAAGUCUUUGAAUGAAUUGUUCCCAUCCAUCAUUCCUCAGCUAGGUGAGGAGUCUAUCAAUGCAUUGACGCAAUUGGCCUCGCAAAUGCAAGGCGCUCAAGGUGGCGCUCCAGGUGCCGCGGGCAGCGAGGAAAAGGCUGACGGAGAUAUCCCAGAAUUGACUGGCCAAAGCUUUGAUGCUGACGUCGAGUAG